AUGGCCGCUGCGGCCCGGCAACUGCUGGCAGCACUGCGCGAGGAGGAGCCGCGGGCUGUGGAGGAGCUGCUGCGCCUCGGGGCCGACCCCAGCCUGGUGCUGGAGGAUGGCGCGGCGGCGGUGCACCUGGCCGCCCGAGCGCGCCACCCGCGCGCCCUGCGUUGUCUCGGCAUCCUGCUGCGCCGGGGCGCGGACCCCAAUGCUCGGUCCGCUGAGGCGCUGACGCCCGUGCACGUGGCCGCCGCGUGGGGCUGUCACGGUGCCCUGGAGCUGCUGCUGAGCCGAGGGGGCGACCCCACGCUGAGAGACCAGGACGGGCUCCGGCCCCUGGACUGGGCGCUGCAGCAGGGACAUCACAACUGCGCACGCGUGCUGCGGGACCUGGACACGCCCACCCGAACCCGGGAGGAGACCCCGAAGUCCGCCAGACGUGUCUUUGCGGGGUCUCCUGGCAUCUCUACACCUCCGGAUGUGUCACUGGACUCGGGGCAGCACAGGCGCAGAGCUGAGCCGGCGGCUGCCGGGAAGGUGGUGGUGGAGCCCCGGAGCCCCGAGGCUACCGGGAGCCCAGACCGCAGCAGCGACUCCUUCGUCACCGCGUUGGAGGACUCUCUGCAGCCCCGGCACCCUGCGGGGACACCGGGGCCUGCGGGCAGCCCAUGGCUGUCCUGUGGGGCCGAGGUGGCUGGGCACGGGGCACUAAGCUGCCAGCUGCAGGCCCUGAAGUUGACCACAGAGGCCACCAAUGUCCCCUCCCUGCCUGGGGAUGGGGAUCCGGGGGCCUCGCACCCACAAGGCCCGGUGCCUCCCAUGUCUGACCUGCAGCUGCUCCAGGCCCUGAGGGCGCUGGGCUACAGUCCUGGCCCGGUCACUCCUUUUACCCGAAGACACUACCUGCGGCGGCUGCAGGAAGCCCAGGCUAGCCCGGGUGAGUCCCUUAGCGGGCACAGUCCAGAACUGGCCGAGGCGCUGAGGACAGGCCACAUCCCUGACUGCCAGGCGGAUGAGGCUGCCCUGGCUCGGCACUUUCAGCAUCCGGAUCCCGCAGAGAGGUGGCGGGAAGGCGCUGCAAAGUCCAGCUUUACAUAUCUUCUUCUCGACCCCAGGCAGACGCAGGGCCUGCCCACCCGAGCCUCCUCCCUCACUCUGACCGAGUGUCUGCGAUGUUUCGUGCAAGCCAUCUUCUAUGUGGGCAAGGGGACCCGUGCCCGGCCAGAUGCCCACCUCUGGGAAGCCCUUGGCUACCGUGAGCGGCCAGGGAAAAAGGCCUGUCCCAAGGUCCGCCGGAUCUUGGAUAUCUGGGACAGCGGCCGCGGAGUCAUCUCCCUACACUGUUUCCAGCACGUGGUGGCCGUGGAGGCGUACACGCGGGAGGCCUGUCUGUUGGAUGCCCUAGGGAUCCAGACACUAACCAACCAGAGGCAGGGGCACUACUAUGGAGAGGUGGCCUCCUGGCCACCCACGCAGCGGCGGUGUUUGGGCGUGCACCUGCUACAUCGGGCUCUGCUGGUGUUCCUGGCUGAGGGGGAGCGAGAGUUGAGGCCCCAGGACAUCCAGGCCCGAGGCUAAGUGCUGAGGACGUGACCAUGAAGCCUGAGCCUCUGGGGUGUCUGAGCAUCCCAGGGGCAGGUCCCUGCCUGUGUCCCCAGCUCUGGCUUCAAAGGCAUAGUGUGUGUGUGUGUGUGUGUGUGUGUGUGUGUGUGUGUGUGGUGUGUGCGUGCGCAUGUUUGCUUGCAUGUGAAAGUGUGUAUAUGUGUGCUUAAAUAUGUGAGUGAUGGUAUGUCUCGGUGCUUCUGGAUGGGUAGUGAGCUUCCCAUCGUGGGAGGUAAACCAGCUGAGGGGGCAGAAGAUACUCUAGAACAUUCUGCUCUGUUUCCAUGUCUCAUCUUUUGAUGGAAGGAGGGCUUGGAAGAGAGAUCAGGCUAGGCGUGUUGGUAGUGGUCCAGCACAGUCUUUGGGAGGAUGGGGCAGGAGGAUGCUAGUUGGAGACCAGCCUGGGCAUCUCAGUGAGACUGGAAACUGACUUGUGUUUAUGUUUGGUUAGAGGCCUCGGUGUGUGUUUGGUGGUGACAGUCCUUCCCCUGUGGGUGUCCACAGGCUGGGCCCCUGGAGUGUUGUAGGAGCCCCAGGUCCCACCUGUGCUCUUGGGAGCACAGCUAAGAUCAAUCAAAGCCGAAGGGCUUGGACUGACUGCUUUGUGUGUGUGUGUGUGUGUGUGUGUGUGUGUGUGGUGUCCCCAGGGCUUCCUCUCUGUAGCCCUGUGCUGUGUCUGGCCCCUUGCUCUCCAAGCAUCCGGCCAGCAUGAAGCUGUGGCCUGCCUACUUGGUCCUCGCCCUUCUCCACCGAGUGCCUGUCUUCCUCGGUGAGCUCCAGGAAAGCACCCAGCAGGAUCUGCGGGCACACCGGGAAGUCCCUCCUGAUGUCUACCCUUCAGCCCCACCCAGUAGGAUCCUCAGGAUGGCCUGUCGCCCUGCUGGAGCCUCACCAGGAUGUCAGGGAAGCUCUGCCCUCCUCUCCCCGAAGGCUGCCCGUCUGUCUUGGGCCACAUCACCUGGAAGCCCACUGAGGAAGAAUAGUCCUCCGGAGCAUCUAGCACCCUGCCCUGGCAGAGGCCACACUCAUCCAUAAACCACACCCACCAUAACCCUACCCUCUUAAACCAAACCACAUCAAGGCUCGUUGCCUAGAAACCAUACUCACCUGGAAGCUGUGGACCUGUGGCAGCCCUGUUCACUUGGAUUCACACAUCGAGGACCAUGCCCUCCAGAAGCCAUGCCCCCAGGCUCCAUACCCCUGACUGCUGCUUCAGUCUGGAGCCUCAAGAUCACAGCCCUUCCGGUUCACUUAAGUGCUAGCUGGGGGCUGGCUGUGGGCCAGGAACCAGGUUCCCAGAUU